AUGAAAAAGAUAAAGAUUAUACAAGAAAAUUUAACUACAAGUGAUGUAGAUGAACUACAAGUAACACUUGAAAACGUCACAGCACGCUAUAGUUUAUUUGGAGAUAUACAAGAUCAACUAGAAGAACUUGAUGAAGAGAAAGAAGCCCCCGAAAGGGAGCCAAUCGAGAAAAAUUAUUCUACUGUUGUUGCUCAAACACGGAAAAUAAUCCGCAAACUUCAAGGCAAUAUGAAUAAUACAAGUGAUACAAAUAGUGAAAGUGGUAGUUAUCGUGCAAAUAAUAAUUUUUAUCCGACAAAUAUACCAAUACCGUCAAUACAAAUACCAAAAUUUGAUGGUACACCAGAGAAAUGGGCAGCAUUUUUUAGUGUUUUUAAAAAUACAAUUGAUGUCAAUCAAUCUCUGCCAAAGGCACUCAAACUUUAUCAUUUAACAAGUGUCCUUACUGACAAGGCUUGGUCACUUAUUGGUCAUCUAGAAAUAAAUGAUGCCAAUUAUGACCAUGCAUUAUCUAUUUUAGUAGAUAAAUACGAGCAUACUCGUCGAUUGGCUCGCCGACAUUGGUCAAAAUUAAAAGAUUAUCCUCAUCUUAAAAAGGAUACUCCAGCAGCAAUCGGAUUACAUGUUGUAUUGCGUUUCUUUGAAAGUAAUAAAAAAGCUAUUGAACAGAGAUUUUUAAGAUGUUUUUGA